AAUAUUAUUUAAAAUUAGAAAAAUAUUAUAUAAAAAAUAAAAUAAUUAAAAAAAAAGAUUACUUUAAAACAAAGGAAAAGUGCAAAUAAAAUAAAACAACGGAGUACCUUGGCCAGCAGUAUGAAUAAAUAAAUAAAUAAUACAAGCGAAAUAUAUGAGUUAUGACCUUGAGUACAGCUUAAAUAACCUGCAGCUAUAAAUCAAAGCGGAAACCCAUUAAAACACGCCAAUAACAAAUAACUUUACUACAUCACCAUCAUCCUCAUCAGACUACUAUAACCCACACUGUUUUACAAUAUAGAUGUAUUGAUAAAACAUAAAUAUAAAAAUCAUUUUCAAAAAAUAAAGAAAAUUUGAAAUUUGUUACAAGGAUAUUUAUAAAUGUUGCAGAAUACGGAAUGCGAGCCGUUGCGCACAGCCCAAGGAAAUAAAAUAAAUCUUUAACAGAUUUACACAAAUCCCUUUAAAAGCAACUUAGAAAAGAAAAACAAACAAGAAAAUGCCAACAAAAUGGUCUUUGCCUGGAAAAAAUGAUUUAAAAGGAAAAGAAAACUAAAAAUUUUAUUCAACAAACAAACUAAAGUAACAAGAAAUUAAAAGAAAGCUCUAAAACUAAAUACACAAAAACGAACGAGAUAUUAGGAAAAGCAAAAAAAAGUUGUUAAUUAAAAAAAAAUUAACAAAAACUAAGAAAAAAGUAAAAUCCACUAUAAAACGACAAGAAAAUGAAGAAAUUAAACAUAAAAAAUCAAAUAAAAUAAAAAAUAAAAAACGUGACAAUAUUUAAUCCCUUUUCUUUCAAAGUAAAACAUGUUGUAAUUAAUAAUAAUUUAAAAAAUAAAAUAAAGAAUUUAAUUUAAAAUUAAAAGAAAACAAUUUGCAAAUUAAAAUUAUUAUUAAAGUGAUACUUUAAUUUGUAUUAAACAACAAAAUAUAUUUAAACUAAUUCAAAACAACAAAGAAAUAACAACUUACAACAAAAUGUUGCCAACAAAUGUGAUGACGUUUAUGAAAAAGAUGGUGGCGACUGAUGAAAAUGCUUCCACACAAAACACCACAGAUACUGGAGGCACAUUCGGCAAACUAAAACAGACACUUUCAUCCUCACUCUUAACGGCACAGGAUCGAGUGAAUAAAAUGUCACCACGUCCAUCGUUAAUACCAACAGAUACGGAUGCCACUUAUGGCAACUAUCAACAGCAACAGGAUGCAGCGGCAAAUCAAAAUAACAACAAUAAUAAUAAUACAACAAGUACAACAACGUCAGCGACAAGUGGCAGUAUUAGUAGUGGUGGUGGCACUUCAAAUUCCUCAAAACAUACAGAACCCGGACGUCGAGCGGGUGCUUGUCGGGUGUGUUUGAAAUCAUUUAAACCCGAUGACUUCCAUAAGACGUGUUUCGAAUGCCAGCAGCGUGUGUGUGAAGAUUGUGCCAGCUAUAGUAAAUUGGAGGAAAAUGAGGAUGCGAAUAUGUGGCGCUGUAGUGUGUGUCGAAGAAAGAUGGCCUCACGUGUUUGUAUACCACAGAAUUCAACAGACUCUAGUCUGGAUGUACCAGUAUUAGAAGCAUUGCAACGACGUCAUUCAGAUGCCAAAUUGGGAUCAAGCACACAAACAUUAGCGCCUGCAAAUGGUAGUGCUGCUUUGGCCCCACCUCGUAGUCCCGAACUAAGACGACAUUCAGAUGUAUCACCUGCGUCAUUAAAAGAGCUGGAAAGGCAAUUGAAAGGCAACAAGACACCCGGUGGUGAUAUGGACUGGCGCAAGGGUGGCCAUAGUAUGGCACCCAGUCGCUCGGGUAGUCCGCCACGACAAGAGGAAUUAAGUUUUGGACCACCUCUCUCACGCAUGGCUUCCAGACGUGGCUCAAGAGUUGCCCGUCAACACAGUUAUGAUGAUGAUGCCAAUGCCACAGGUGCCGGUGUAGCCGGCAGUUUGGGUGCUGGUGUUGAUAUGGGUUUGGGUAUACCAGCCAUGCCCAGAAGAAAAUCGGCUUAUGAUGUUUUCGCUCCGGGUGUUUUGCAAGCAGCUGCUCAAGCUUCUCAACGUUCUCCUGGCGAUGCCACACUGGGUCCACAGAUCGCUUUGCCCGGCUCUCGAAGACCUUCAUUUCGUGUGCCUCAUCCCUCGGAAGAUAUUAACAAUGAUGAAUCACCCAGCCCAGAUAAAGGUAGUCCGGUGUUAACGGUCGACGAGGAUAGACGUAUGCGAAGGAGAGGUUCACAAUUACCUGAUUUGGCUGCUUUACAAUCACGCGGUGCUCUACCCACUUCCGGCAUACCCUCGGCUAUACCACCCCCAUUGGCUGCUUUCACCGGUCCCAAUUUAGAAGAUCUUGAAGCGCCACGACGUCAAACAUCGAUGGAUGGUGAACAGAUUAAAAUUGUUAUUCACGAUGUUGAUUCAGGACCCAUAUGUUCGUCGAAACGACGUAUUAUUUUAAGAAGAGAUCCUUCAGAUAAAGCUCAUCGCACGCGUGGUUUUGGUAUGCGUGUUGUGGGCGGUAAGACUGGUGCUGAUGGCAGACUAUUUGCGUAUAUUGUUUGGACUGUGCCUGGAGGACCAGCUGAAAAGAAUGGUUUACAACAGGGCGACAAGAUUUUAGAAUGGAAUGGCAUGUCUUUAAUCGAUCGCAGUUUCGAAGAGGUCUGCAGUAUAAUGGAUCGUACAGGUGACGUAGUGGAAUUGUUAGUAGAACAUGCUACCGACUUUCGUAUGUGUGAUUUAUUCGAUGAAAAUAUACCACCCGGUAAUAGUGGUGGCAAUGAAAGAGGACCCAGACGUUCGGGUGAUGGACCCAUUGGUUUGGGUUUAAUAGCGGACCCCGAAACUACUACAGACAAAUCACCGGCUUCGCCGACACGACGGAAAUUACCCAAAACUCCGGAACAAAUUGCUAGAGAAAAACAGGUCAGUGGUAGAGUACAAGUACAAGUUUGGUAUCAUGCAGAACGUAGUGAACUGGUAGUGAGUCUAAUGGCAGCCGAUGAUUUGGCUUUGCGUGAUGAGGCCUAUGGGCAUGGUAAUUUACCGGAAGCAUAUGCCAAAGUUCGUAUAUUGCCGAAGUGCGGCGAUGGCUCUGUUCAACAAACCGAAGUUUGUCCGCCUGCCCAAAACCCGAUCUGGAAUGCCACCCUCACAUUCGCACACGUGAAAGCCGAUAGCCUCAUGGAUCGUUAUAUUGAAAUACAACUGUGGGAUUUGGUACCUCAUACCGAAUCGAUAUUUCUGGGUGAAUGCAGCCUCGAAUUGCAACAGGCCUUUCUCGACGAUCGUGCCAUUUGGUGUCGCCUCGAUGAUCCAAAGGGUCUGCGGGGCAUCAGCAUGUCAAAAUCCCCCAGUGUAUCACCGCGCGGCUCUAUAGCUGCGGGCGGUCCCGGAGGCGAUGUUUCACGUUUGCUGAGGCGCGACUACAAUAUGCAACGUUCCAUAUCGGAUGAUGUGGAUUCGAUUGGUGAGUGUACGUCCCUGUUGCAUCCAGAUCAUGCAUGGAUAGCGGGCUCGCGGCGAGGCUCAUCCCAAUCGGAAACACUGGAAGUGGAAGUCUAUCAGUUGGGUAAAGAUUUUUCACGCUCUUUGCCCGGCUCUCGUCGAUCAUCAUUUCAAGAUGCUGAUAAGAAUCGAGAAGAUGAUAUGGCUCCACCUCCGACCACGUAUUUAGUGGGACGACGACGAUCUUCGGUGGCACGCAGAGAUCCCGAUGAAAUAUUGAAAUCAUUGAAGGCGGUGCGUGGCGAAUUGGGACGAGCCAUGAGUUUGGGCACCGAACAGCCCAUGAAGAGAAUGGGUUCAAGGCGUGCUAGCCGUGUGGGUUUACCCAGUAAUCCCAGCAGUCGCAAGAGCUCAAUUUAUGAUUUGUCACAACAACAGCCUAUAGUGGUUCAUCAGUUGCCGGUGGGUAUAGGCAACACAGCGACCAGUCCACCUUCCGAUGAAGAAGACAAACGUUUCUCACCGAAAUGGAAGGGCAGUGGUGGUAAUUUACCACCUCCCACACCUAAACAGGCACUCUCAAUGUUAAAACAAGCCUCUUCGGCUACCAAUGUAUCACAGGGCAUUAACGAACGACAAUACUAUUUGGGAACACAGGAUAGUCCAAAACAUUUACGCAAGGGCAGCAUGUAUAAUCUAAAAGCCAACGAGAAUGUACAACGCAAAGGCAGUAUUUAUGCCAUGGCGGCCACAGAUUCAACUAUGGGUGCACGUCAACGCAAGAGUAGCAUGUUUAUUAGCAGCGCUAGUGAAGCAUAUGAUAGUCCUGAGAUGUUACGUAAGAAUAGUGUUAAGCCUACGACAGACAACCCGUCCAUGAUGCGUAAACAGAGCAUGUAUCCAUCGUCUGUGAACACCAGUACCAAAAAUCUUACUUCACUUUCGGACUCUACCAGUAAUAUCUCAUCAUCGGUUUCAUCGACGAUCAGUGGUAUAGCGACUAGUUAUGGUCUACAAUUGGGACCGGGACAAAUUCAUCCCAAGGGUUAUCGUUUGAUAACCGAACGUCAUGGUGAACUUAAAAUGGGCUUUAAUAAGGUCAAGGGAACGGUGGAAGUUGAGAUCAUAUGUGCUCGCAAAAUAGUGCCCAUUGAUUGUGAAACGCCACCAGAUACUUAUGUUAAAUGCUAUAUAAAAGAUGGUGAUCGUUUGCGUCAUAAGAAGAAAACUCGCGUGGUGCGGCAUUCUGCUGAACCAUUCUAUAAGCAAACGAUCAAAUAUCAGAGCGCCGAUGUCUUUGGACGCAAUAUCGUUAUAAUGGUCUGGCAACGCUGUGUUGGUUUCGAACAUAAUCAGGGUUUAGGUGGUACUGAAGUUAAUUUGGAUAAAAUCAAUAUGGGACAACAUAUUGGUGGUUGGUAUCCAUUAUUUCCAAUGCAUUCAUUUGGUGGUUCUGAUUCGGAUAAUUCUCCUUGACCGAUUACGCCCAAAAAACCAAAACAGACCAAUAAUAAUAAUAAUAAAACAACAAAUGCAACAGCAUCAUCAUCAUCAACAACAACAACUAAUAUAACAAAUACAAUAAAAUCAGCUGCUGUGGCUGCAGUAUCGACAGCAACUAAGAAAACACCAAUAGUUAUUAAAGAAAAUAUUAAAGGGAAAAAUACAAUUUACUGUACCAAAGGUAUCAAUGAUUUAAUGAAUUUUUUCAAAACAAUAUUUAAAUGUAAACAUUUUAAUAGUUUUAAUGAACAUUUAUCUACAUUUGGCACAUUUGAGGAGUGUGUUUAAAAACAUAAAACAUAUAUAUAUAUA